UUUUUUUUUCUUUUUUUUUCUGUAAUUCUCAUACUUCCGGGAUGGCUGCCCGGCCAUGAGGAGGUUUUAGGCCCCGCUCCCUGGGACCAUGGUGCUACCUUCCCGGCUGCACUGGAUCCGGAACCGGCCAUGGAGGGACCGCAUCCGCCGGCGCCAGCUCAACCGACUGCCAACCAGGCUCCCGGAAAUCAUGCUGGUAGGAUCCCAGUCCUUCUCGCCAGGAGGGCCCAAUGGGAUCAUUAGAAGCCAGUCCUUUGCGGGCUUCAGCGGGCUUCAGGAAAGACGAUCCAGGUGUAAUUCCUUCAUUGAAAAUUCUUCUGCUCUCAAGAAGCCCCAGGCCAAACUGAAAAAAAUGCACAAUUUAGGUCACAAAAACAACAACCCACCUAAGGAGCCUCAGCCAAAAAGGGUAGAAGAGGUCUACAGAGCCUUGAAAAGCGGACUUGAUGAGUAUCUGGAGGUUCACCAGACAGAGUUGGACAAGCUGACGGCCCAGUUAAAAGAUAUGAAGAGGAACUCCCGCCUGGGAGUGCUGUAUGACCUAGACAAGCAAAUGAAGACAAUUGAGAGAUACAUGAGACGUCUGGAGUUCCACAUUAGCAAGGUAGAUGAGCUCUAUGAAGCCUACUGUAUCCAGCGACGCCUCCAAGAUGGUGCCAGCAAGAUGAAGCAAGCCUUUGCUAUGUCCCCUGCCAGCAAAGCUGCCCGCGAAAGUCUGUCUGAGAUCAAUCGGAGCCACAAGGAGUACACGGAGAACAUGUGCACCAUCGAAGCGGAGCUGGAGAACUUGCUGGGGGAAUUCUCCAUCAAGAUGAAAGGUCUGGCUGGCUUUGCUCGCCUCUGCCCUGGAGAUCAGUAUGAGAUUUUCAUGAAGUAUGGCCGGCAGAGGUGGAAAUUGAAAGGCAAAAUAGAAGUCAAUGGCAAGCAGAGCUGGGACGGAGAAGAGAUGGUUUUCCUGCCGCUGAUCGUUGGGUUCAUUUCCAUCAAGGUCACAGAGCUCAAGGGGCUAGCGACGCACAUCCUAGUGGGCAGUGUGACCUGUGAGACCAAAGAGCUGUUUGCAGCCCGCCCACAGGUGGUGGCUGUGGACAUCAACGACCUUGGCACCAUCAAACUGAACCUGGAAAUCACCUGGUAUCCGUUUGACGUGGAGGAUAUGACCCCAUCUUCGGGAGCUGGGAACAAGGCGGCGGCGCUACAGAGGAGGAUGUCCAUGUACAGCCAGGGCAUGCCAGAGACACCCACCUUCAAAGACCACGCAUUCUUUAGAUGGUUGCUUCCUUCACCAGACAAGCCAAGGCGGCUGUCUGUCUUGAGUGCCUUGCGAGACACUGUCUUUGCCAAGCCGCACGGCGGCCGCUCUGUCGGUGACCUGCCCUCCCUUGGCCUGAGCCCCAGGGCCGUGCUAGAGUUCUAUUCGAACCUACCCGAUGACAUCUUUGAAAAUGAAAAGGUGGCUGAGGAGAAGGUGCCACUGUCCCUCAGCUUCAGUGACCUCCCCGAUGGGGACUGCACGCUUACCUCCAGCUCGGCUGCGUCUCCAGCCAGCUCAUGCUCCGCCAACCCAGAGAUCACCAUCACCCCUGCAGAGCGCUCCCACGGCAGCCUGUGCUCCCAGAGUGAGGGUGCGAGAGACAGCAGCUCUGUGUCCUCCAGCAGUUCCCUGGGCCAAGGCCAGGAGUCAGGGUGCCCCGAACCAGAGGAUGCAGCAGAGCCUGGGAAAGCAGCCUUGGUCCCAGGUGCUGGCACCAAGCACCUGUUCCUUGAGGAUGGUGUGGCUGAGGCCCUUCUGCAGGAGUCAGACGAGGCCUCUGAGCUGAAGCCGGUGGAGCUGGACACUUUCGAAGGGAACCUCACGAAGCAGCUGGUGAAGAGGCUCACCUCCGCCGAGGUGCCAGCAGCUGCCGAGGGGCAACUGUGCGAGGGCUCUGUCAGUGGAGAGUCGGAAGGCUGCAGGUCCUUUCUGGAUGGCAGCUUAGAGGACGCCUUCAGCGGCCUUUUCCUCGCACUGGAGCCACAUAAGGAGCAGUACAAGGAGUUUCAAGAUCUGAGCCAAGAAGUCAUGCAUCUGGAUGAUAUUCUAAAAUGCAAGCCCACAGGGAGCCGUAGCCGGUCUUCCAGCUUGAGUCUUGCCGUUGAGAGUGCUUUAGAAAGCUUUGAUUUCCUGAACACCUCCGACUUUGCCGAGGAGGAGGAGGAUGGCAGUGAGGUUUGUCACGUCAGAGGAGGAGGUGCUGACUCCGUCUUUUCAGACACUGAGACUGAGAAAAACAGUUACAGGUCAGUGCACCCGGAAGCCCGGGGGCAUCUUAGCGAAGCGCUGACGGAAGACACAGGCGUCGGGACCAGUGUGGCUGGAAGCCCUCUCCCACUGACCACAGGGAACGAGAGCCUGGACAUCACCAUCGUGCGCCACCUACAGUACUGCACCCAGCUCAUUCAGCAAAUUGUCUUCUCCAGCAAAAUCCCCUUUGUGGCAAAAAAUCUCUUAGAGAAGCUCUCCCGGCAGACCCAAGUGAUGGAAAAACUGGCGGCUGUCAGUGAUGAGAACAUAGGGAACAUCAGUUCUGUAGUGGAAGCCAUUCCAGAAUUCCACAAAAAGCUGUCUCUGCUGUCCUUCUGGACCAAGUGCUGCAGCCCAGCUGGUGUCUACCACAGCUCAGCGGACAGGGUGAUCAGGCAGCUGGAGGCCAGCUUUGCCAGAGCCCUCAACAAAGAAUACCCAGGACUAGCAGAGCCAGUGUUUCAAACCCUGGUGUCUCAGAUUCUGGACCGGGCUGAGCCUCUGCUGUCCUCCAACCUGUCCUCAGAAAUUGUCACCGUUUUCCAAUAUCACAGCUACUUUACUAGCCAUGGUGUGAGUGACCUGGAAAGCUACCUGAGCCAGUUGGCCAGGCAAGUUUCCAUGGUACAGACUCUGCAGUCACUGCGCGAUGAGAAGCUGCUGCAGACCCUGAGUGACCUCUGUCCUAGCAACCUCCCAGCCCAGCAAGAGGUCCUCAGGAGCCUGGCUCUGCUGCUGACCAGAGACAGCAGUGAAGUCAGAGAGGCUGGGAGCCUUUUCUUGACAACAGCCUCCAAAAACAAGCAUUUCAGGGAAAAGGCCUUGAUCUAUUACUGCAAAGCACUAACUGAAACCAACCUGGAGCUCCAGAAGGCAGCGUGCCUGGCCCUGAGAAGCCUGCAGGCUACGGAGAGCAUUAAAAUGCUGGUGACCUUGUGUCAGUCCGACACUGAAGAGAUGAGAACUGUGGCCUCAGAAACCCUCUUGUCUCUCGGAGAAGAUGGACGGCUGGCCUAUGAACAGUUGGAUAAAUUUCCUCGAGACUAUGUUAAAGUUGGAGGUCGGCAUGGAACUGAAGUAGCCACAGCCUUUUAAUUACAAAUUAACUCUGCCUAACUACUGUCCUAAAUCUCGCCCUCUCCAUCAAGAAGGUGCUGCGAUCUAUCUGGAAAGCGUCUAGAACUUGAGAAGUCCUGUUGAGGUUGUCUGGAAACCUAACGUGUUACAGAGAGCCCUCAGUUCAGUUCCACAGUACCUUUCCGCUUUCUCUUUGACCAGUAGAAUAGGGCUAUAUAAUAUUCAGUAGAUUACAUUGUUGGUUAUGUCUGACAGUACUCAGUGGAAAAAAAAAGUCCAUCUUAUGUACGGAACUUUAAAAUAGCUAUCUUUGUACUUCUGGAAGCCCUUCUAUAAGCUUGAAAUAGUUGUGCGAUAUUUCAAUAAAUCUAUGCCUUGCAGUUUCUCUGUCAUGUUCUCAGGGUUGAGUGGCCCUUUAGCUACCUAAUUUUACUUUAAAUACAAAGCACAAAAAGAAAAGAAUUUCUUCAAAUAAAAGUUUGCCUACAGAACCUGAUAAAAUGA